AUGUAUUCUGAGCUCUCUGAGUCCUCCGACGAGGACACUUUACCCAUGCGGGAAAUCCCCGUGUCACAUGCGGUGCCUAAAACCAGCGACUGGGCUAGCACUCAGAUAGCGCUAGAAGAGGCUCCAGUCGCCCUUGACCUGCAAGGUUCGAUUACACACGAACUGCGUGGGAAAUUCGCGUCACUAGAUAACGAUUUAAGUCACCUCACAGCGUUAUUUAAGGAUAACUUCCCAGCAUGCGCUGCCACAGGCCAGGUGAUCACACUAUCGAAACAACAGAUAUUCGACACUGCAGCCGAACUAGAAUCAGCGGCCAUUAGCACCAAACGGAUUAUAAUUUGGGGUAGUUUCCCCAAGUUUAAUUCUCCGGUUCAAGCAACCGAAAUCCUCUUAUAA